GUUAAUGCACAAAAUUCACUAUUCUCAUCAAUAAUCUCCUUCUGCUACUCCAGUUUAAAGUUCAUCACCAUUAAAGAAGACACAAUUAGUACUCAAAUAAACAAAUAGAACUAUAACUUCAUAAGCAGAAAAUGCAGUUUGUUACAAAAAAAAGAGUAAAACAACUAUGAAUGCAGAGAUAGAAUUGAAAAAACAAUUAUAAGUGCAGAAUCAACAAUAUAAGGAGUUAGCUUUAAAAUAUGAGCUAUCAAUUUAGGAAAUUUAAAAGUAUCAAAUGAUGAUUGAACGCAACAAUUAAAAGCGAAAUCAUGAGAAAUAAUAACUUCUAUCUGAAAUAUCUAUGUUAAAGAAACAAUUAGAAUAACGUAGUAAAUCUCAAAUAGAUUUACAUGAGAAUGGAAGUAUUUAAAACUGUAAUUAUUUUUAUAGUUCUUGGACAUUUAGUUAAUGAGGUAAAUUAAAAGGCUAUUCUGAUGGAAUUAUCUGAAUAUAAGGAUAAGUGUAAAUAACUAUUAAACGAAUUGGAUACAAAGAAUCUGUAGUUAGAUUAGUAAAAUAUGUUAUUAAAUUUAAGUGUUACAAAAAAACUAAUAAAUACUCCUUCUUGUUAAGAAUUAAUUAAUUAAGUGCAAGAUCUUACUAAAAAGUUGAAUGAACAAGAAAGCAAGCUUAUUUAAUAUGAAAUGCAAUUAGAGAAAUAGCUGUAUUGAUAUUGUUAAAAAUUAGAGCAAAUAACAAAUCUAAGUUUUUAUUUAGAGGUGCUGAGUAUUUCAAUAAAAAGAUAUUAGAUGCUGAUAUUUUUAGUUCUUCAAGCAAUAUACAAUCGACAGUAACUAUAAAAUUAAAUUUAGAUGUCAAAUCAGAAUGAAAACUCUUCCUAAGCAUUGUCAAGUUAUAUCAAGUUUUGA